GUGUGUGUGUGUGUGUGUGUGUGUGAGUGAGAGAGAGGGGGAUGAUGACGUCAUCGUAGUUUCUCCAGGUUAUGGCGGAGAUGAACUCUUCAAACUUUCUGUGACGCGUGUGCCAGAGGGUGUCGUAAUGGAGCAGCUUCAGGGAGCAUGGAGAACCGUCACCAACGGGCUGCUAACCAAAGAUUCAGUGUUUGAAAGCUCCUACGUGUCUCCUGUGAUCAAAUCUCCUGCGCCAUGCCAGAGCCGCUCUUCAGACGACUCCAAAACCAGCCGCACCAUCCGAGUCUUCCUGCCCAACCAGCAGCGGACAGUUGUGAAUGUGCGGCCAGGCAUGACGCUCCACAGCUGUCUGAUCAAAGCGCUGAAGGUUCGAGGACUCCAGCCGGAGUGCUGUGCUGUCUUCAGUCUCCAUCCUGGACAGAGAAGCAAGAAGUCUCGCAUGGAGUGGAGCACAGACUCUACCUCACUCAUUGGGGAGGAACUUCUCGUGGAGGUUUUAGACCAUGUUCCUUUAACAACACACAAUUUUGUUAGAAAAACAUUUCUCAAGUUGGCUUUCUGCGACAUAUGCCAGAAGUUCCUGCUGAAUGGUUUCCGGUGCCAAAGAUGUGGUUACAAGUUCCAUGAACACUGCAGCACAAAAGUGCCCACUAUGUGUGUAGACUGGACUAACAUCAGACAACUUCUAUUGUUUCCGACCCCUGGUGAAAGUGGGGCUCCAUCUCUACCUUCACUCACAUCUAGGAGAAUGAGGGAAUCUCUGACAAGAAUCCCCAGCAGCCCUUACCCUCCCUCUGGAGCGGCUCUGACACAGAGACUGCGGUCCACAUCCACACCCAACGUCACCAUGCUCAGCACCACAGUGCCAGUUGACAGCAGCCUGAUUGAGUUAGACACAUCUCCAAGCUCCUGGUGUCAACAGUUUAGUCUGAAGAGAAGAGAUGCCAUACGUGUUCACAGCUCAGCUGGCAGUUCUCCAAAUCAGAGCCCUACCGGCUGGAACCAGGCCAGCGCACACAUACCAGCAUCAGCUCUAAAUCCUCAGGAGAAAGUUAAAAUCCGGCCGAGGGAUAAACGGGACUCGAGUUAUUACUGGGAGAUCGAAGCUAAUGAGGUUGUGCUACUGAGCAGGAUUGGGUCAGGCUCCUUUGGAACCGUACACAAAGGGAAAUGGCACGGUGAUGUGGCUGUGAAGGUAUUAAAAGUCACCAACCCAACACCAGAGCAGUUUCAGGCUUUCCGCAACGAGGUGGCAGUUCUUAGGAAAACCAGACAUGUCAACAUUCUGUUGUUCAUGGGCUACAUGACAAAAGGAAAUCUUGCCAUUGUAACGCAGUGGUGUGAAGGCAGCAGUCUGUAUAAACACCUCCACGUACUGGAGACCAACUUCCAGAUGUUUCAGCUGAUAGAUAUCGCCAGACAGACUGCUCAGGGCAUGGACUAUCUACAUGCGAAAAACAUCAUCCACCGUGACAUGAAAUCCAACAACAUCUUCUUACAUGAAGGCCUGACAGUGAAGAUUGGAGAUUUUGGACUGGCAACCGUGAAGGCCAGGUGGAGUGGUUCUCAACAGGUGGAACAACCUUCAGGAUCUAUUUUAUGGAUGGCACCUGAGGUGAUCCGAAUGCAGGACAACAACCCCUACAGUUUCCAAUCAGAUGUGUAUUCGUAUGGCAUCGUGCUGUUUGAGUUAAUGACAGGGGAGCUGCCCUACUCACAAAUAGGGAACCGAGAUCAGAUCAUUUUCAUGGUAGGUCGAGGAUAUCUGUCUCCAGACCUCAGUAAACUGUAUAAGAGAUGUCCUAAAGCCAUGAAGAGACUGGUGGCUGACUGUAUCAAAAAGUCCAAGGACGAGAGGCCUCUUUUCCCCCAGAUUCUGUCCUCCAUUGAGCUGCUGCAACACUCGCUGCCCAAAAUCAACCGCAGCGCCUCUGAACCCUCGCUGCACAGAGCGUCCCAGAGUGAAGACAUCAGCUCCUGCACACUCACCUCCAUGAAGCUGCCCGUCUUCUAAAAGCCAAAUACAAUCGCUUUGUGCUGCUACUUUGUCAUUUAUAAAGUUCAUGGUCUCGGAAAUGAAGGACCUUUUUUUUUUUAAGUUUGCAAAUCAGCAACAGAUGCACUUUGACAACAAGAAGUAAAGAAUCCUUUAUUUUUAUGCGUCUGGGAUUAUGUUUCCCUCAAAGAGCGAUCGUCUUUAAUCUCUAUAUACACGAAAGAGCUUCAUGAUUUAGUCAGUAUUGAGUUACCAUUGAACUGUUUAUUAGUAAGAUGCAAUUUAGUCUUAUACAAUUUUAGAUCUUUUUUUGUGAUGUCAAGUAUUUUGAGGAUGUCUUUGACUCCAUUUUAAUAAAGGUAAGUUCAAAAUA